GGACUACAAAUCCCAAGCACUUUCUCUGCUGAAAACGAAAUCGAAUGUCAACACAGAGUUUGGCAGGAAGUGGUGCUUCUUCCUUGUUGGAACAUGACAACUUAAAGUCCUCGAAGGAACUUUAAGCUACAAUAAACCCUCAUCUUUUCACGUACCCUUUAGGUCCAAACAUUGUGAGAUGGACAGUCACAGAAAGGGUACACCAUGGGGAAAGUUGGUCAAAGUGGAUUCCGAUGAAACUGGAUUAUUACUUUUCAAAAGGGAAUGCACCAUAGGCCGGAAAAAAGGAUGUGAUUUGGUAUUUCCUGCCAAUAAAAAGAUCUCAGCGAAUCACUGCAAGAUUGUACAAGAUGAAAACUCAGGGCAGGUGUGGCUUGAAGACACGAGCACCAAUGGUACGGUGAUCAACAUGUCCAAACUGGUCAAAAAGCAAACUCACAUGCUUCAAAAUGGUGAUGUCCUUUACUUUGUGUACGGGAAAAAUCAGCCUGAAAAAAAUAUCGCUUAUGUUUUCCACGUAAUCCAAACCGAGCAAACCUCUUUGCAAGAUCAUCGCACCCACAGUCCUGAUGCUCUUGCAUCUUCCGAGAUGACGCUAUCUGUGGAGCCUGUCAUGCUGACAAAAGCGCCACGGGAUCUUAAUCAAGAAGAACCUCAGCCAUCCACCUCUACUUCCCACCUCUGUUUUCAGCUCCCUCUAACAGCAGGAACCCUGUCGGAUGGAACAUGUCUUAACUCUGGUUGCAAAUCUGAAGAUGCGGCCCAUGAACCUGAGGAAACUCUUCCUUCUGAGCCAGAAUGCAAGAAGAGAAAAACCGAGAUGGCAUGCUCAUCCGACACAGAGGUAGUUCCACUAAACUCUGCAUCAACAGGUAUUUUGGCUCAGACACCAGUAGUAGCGACCAAGAGAGAUAAGAUGGAGGAAUCUCUGACAUGUAGCAUUUGCCAGGAUCUCCUAUAUGACUGUGUUAGCUUGCAACCCUGCUUGCACACAUUCUGUGCUGCAUGCUACUCUGGCUGGAUGGUGAUAUCUUCUAUAUGUCCAACGUGCCGCACCUCUGUGGAAAGGAUUCAUAAAAACCACAUCCUCAACAACCUGGUGGAAGCCUACCUCACCGAGCACCCAGAAAAGUCUCGCAGUGAGGAAGACAUGAAGAGCAUGGACAGCCGCAACAAAAUCAAACAGGACAUUUUGCAACCGGUAUCUGAGCAUUUUUCUGACGAGUACAGCUCAGAUAACCUCUCUGACAAUGACAGUGACUCGUCUGUCUUUAGUGUGCCUGUCAUGUGCAGUCUAUUUCCAGGCAAUCAGACGCCGAUUGCUACGGCAUCAAGCUACUGGGUUCCCUUUAUGCCACCUCCGCCUACCGCAUACCAUCAUUCUAUACUUACUUCAAACGUACUAUCUUCAGAUGAAGGCUCUGCCACUGAUGGAGAGCCCUCAAUGUCCGAUGAGUCAGCUCCUUUUGGAUACCGCUGUCAAGCUCAAGGCGCGCAUCUUAUUUGUAACUGCUGCCUCCUAGCAAUGCCGGAUAGACUGGCUGAGUUGAAUAGCCAGCAGCAAUGUGAGCAGUGUCAGCGUCCUUUCUGUCACAUCUACCGUGGUUGCAAGAGGAUUGGCUGUCAAGGCUGCCUGGCUCAAUUCAGUGAGCUUAAUCUGACUGAGAAAUGUCUGGAUGGUGUGCUGAACAACAAUUACUAUGAAUCAGAGAUUCUAAAGAACUACUUGUCUUCCAGAGGCAAGACAUGGAGGGACCUACUCAAGGAGGCUUUCCAAGACUUGCAAGAGGGAAAAUAUUCCCUUUCAGAUUGCCAUAGUAAUGUCUCUGCAAAUACAAUUAUCUGUGUGAGCUGCGGCCUUAUGGUGUUCAAGGAGCUGGCGUACAAGUACAGACAGAAUAUUCCUCCAUCUGAAUUACCAGCUGCUGAAUUAGCUCGUCCCGACUGCUACUGGGGACGAAACUGUCGUACACAAAUAAAGGCCCAUCAUGCAAAGAAAUUCAACCACAUAUGUGAGCAGACCCGCUUCAAAAACUGAGCGAACAAGUUCCUGCUCAGCACGCAGCACAAUGGAGGAAGAAACAUCUCAUAUAGUAGCCUUCUGUCUGGUGAUGCUGUCACAAAUUAUGUAUGCAAAGAAAAAAAAAACAGUCAUUAGAAGUUUUACCUAACUGGGAUUUUAAUUUUUGGUAGUUUAUACAUUUGUUGAUUCUUCUAGUUAUCAAGCUAACAACUGUGGUUACAUUAUGGACAGGUGUAGGUUAUAUCCUUUAGUUUAUGGGUUGGGAUGUAAUGUAGACCUUCUGCAGAUUUUCAUUUUUGCCCCCGAUAUUUACUUUCCUAUAGGGGAGUGAGAUUACCUGGAAGUAGCUACACAGGAUGUUUGAAUUCUAAAAAUGCUUAGGAAAAGUGCUAAGAUGUAACCUUUACGAAAGGAAAGGAUGCACAAUCCUAUAUGGCAGAAGUGGUGAAAAGCAUCAGACCACCAACAAAGAGAGAUUAUAAAAUUAUACGUGAUCAAAAACCUUAAUUUUAAAAUAUGCAGAAUAUGAGUAAAAAAAAAAAAACUUGCAUGAACAGCUGCAAUGUGAAAGACUAAGAUUAUUGUCCAUACAGGGAAAAAAAAACUCUAAAGGAUAAUUUUAAACGUGUGCAAGGGAUAAAACGUCAAAGGAGAGAGAAAACUAAAGCGCAUAAACGAGUACCCUUUCCCGUAUUUCAACUCAGGCUAAGAACAGGUGGCAUAGGAAAAUUAAGAAACUGCAGAAUCUGAAAAGAACCUUAGUGUAACAUGAAGUGCCUGGUUUUGACAGAAGAGCUUCCAAUGACUGCACUCAUCCAAUAAAUGUUGUGAAAUACAGAUGUUAUGCCUAUUUUAUAGCUGAAUCUAUGUAUAUUACAGUAAUAUCAAGUUGAAGAAAAGGCAUACUCUAUAGAUUUUGGGUAGGGAUGGAUAGAUUUUACAUUCUAUACAUUUUAGGCAACACGCGAACCACCAUGAACACUGUCCGAUACCCUAUCCCCACACUCGUAAAUUUAGAUUUAUUUGGAAAAGAGUUCAUGUGAGAGAGAAUAAAGGUUUGACUAACACUUUUGAUUAUUGUUCAGUAAAAAGUAUUAGCGGUGUGUCGCGCAGAGGUUGGUGUUAGGUUGUAGUUAAUUCUUUAUGCUUUGAACAAAUCAACAAAUUCAGGGGAAACCAUGGCUACUGUACGUAAAUGGCAAUAUCUUCUGUUUAGUAGACAUUUAAUUCUUCAAUUUUGCUAAUUAUACUAUCAUGCCUAUGCUAAUUACUUUGCUAAUUAGUUAAUUUCAUUUGUGGUUUAUUUUUUAUAUAUAUAUGUAAUAGUCGGGGUCAGUCAAUAGGGAUGUUUGAAAUGUUAUCUUGUUCCUCAGGUUUAUGAUACUGCUGUAUGUCUCAUUUGUUUAGUAAGCAGAACAUCUAUGCAUGUAUGAGAAAUUAGGAAAUUUAUUAUCUGCACUCUUCACAUAGGAAGUGUUAUGAAUGAUAAAGCUGUGCAUUAUGGGAAAUAUAAAUGCAUGGUUAUAAUAGAAUUUUACUGAAAACGGUUGACUAGUCAACAAUUUCUCAUGUUGAGAUGGGUUUGAGAGGUUUGAAAUGUUAAGUCAGUAACUGUUUACGCCCUCAGCACACACACGUGUUAGUGUGUAUAAAACUCCUGGUGAAUAUGAAGACAAGUGAGAAGAAAAAAGUCUUAGCUGGCAUCCAGUGAAUCGUGUAUGGACACUUAUUCAUCUGAUUUCAGUUGUUUGUAUUAGUUGGUUAGAAUUUUAGGUUUUGUGUGUUCAUAAUGUCCAGGUUUGAGUAAAUUUGCACAAAUUUAAUUGACACAUUUAUUUUGAACUCUGAAGUUAAAAUUCUGAUGGUCUUUUAAACAUAAAGGUGCCAUUAAAAUGCAAAAUUAAGUUUUUUGAGGUUUUUUUUCUUUUGUUCAGGUGUGCCCCAAAAUGCAUUUUUCCAUUUUUUAUAUAGUUUUAGUUUUGGUGACAAUAUUAACACUCCUGAUCUAGCAUGCAAAUUUAUUUUGAACACACAUUUUCUUUCCACUGCAAUAAAGUUUAAAUUGGUCAAGGUGUUAAGAGGGAAGUUUUGUUUAUUUUUACCCCCUUUAGUCAUGUUGUAUAGUCCUUUAAGCAUUCCAUAGCAGCUCAGACCCUCUGCACAAGUCCAGUCGAUCCCCCGACAGAAAGGCUGUUUUAAUUAUUCCCUACAGAGAUCUGGGCACUCUUAAGCCAACAACAGUACCAAGCCGAUCCAAUCAGGAAUUGGUAUUAAAGAGGAUUUGAAGUAGUACUUUGCAUUUGCCCCGACACGGGAGGUUUAUUGUAUACUAAUGCAAAUAUUUACACACUGUGUUGAAAGUUUUUGACUAAGACACAUUUUUCACCGUAACCCCAGCUUGCAGGAAUGACUCGAGACUGAGAUUAUCCCAUUGAACAAACAAUAUAAAGACUUCAGUGAUAUCAAUAAUCAAACAGUUGCUCCAUCUCUGCCAUCAACACCUAGUUAAAGACUUAUGCUAAACAAUUGUGCCCUGUGUUGUAUAUUUCCCUAUGUUGUACUGUAUGGGCACCUGAGUUUUUUUUUUUUUUUUCUUGCAAACCUGGGUUGUAUUUGUCAUUUUAUCAGCAUUAAAAAAAAAGAAACCAUCUUGAGCCUGAUUUGCUUUUGUCAUAUUGUAAUUAUUUCGGAGUCACUAAUCUUCAGAAGAUCUUACAUAUGUAAUAUGGUGAAACAUAGCCUUUUCUCAUUGUUGAAAUUGUGAAGUUUUGAAUAAGUCUAGUUACCGGUCCAUACUAUUUUCUGAAUAUGCUUAUCCAAAAGAUAAAGGACAUUUUACGCCCCACACUUCAGAUUAAAAAACUAAUACUAAAUUUAACCCUGAAUUUGAUGUUUUCAAAAAGGGCUUGAGCAAAUUCUUUCAUUAAAUAGCCUUGAUUGAAUGUAUCGCCCAACCUCAUGCAACCCUGCUGUUCUGUGUAUAAUCAAAAUACUUAAGUAUUUAUUCUCUUGAGUUGUCACAGCCUCUACUCCUGAGGAUAUGCUUGAAUUUAUACAGAUUUGCAACCUACUUGUGUGACUAUGCCAAGUAAGAUGAGCUAACCAAGUCUUUGGUCCUCUACUCCUUUAUCUGUAGCAGAAAAAUGGUUUAUUUUUCAAGACUUUUCAAGCCUAAAUGUCCAGUUCUGGAAUGACCUAUAAGCGAAUGAUUAACUAUAUGUCACAAGUUCUUCAAUGCACAAUAAAGUGACCCCUUAUUUUUCGCGGUUAAUAAUGGGGACCAGAACCCACUGCGAUGUGAA